UGAUGCAUUUUCUCCCUCUGGCCUAGCGCUUUAGGGCAUCCUUUGCUUACCAGAGCGGAUUGUUCAGUCCCUUGCGUUUUAAUUGGCCAAGGCUUCUUGUGCCUGCGUCCUGAUUGGAUGUAGUGGGGGUGGCUCCUUGCCCUGGGUGAUGCUGAGAUCCUUUCUUACGGCAAAUGAAAAUGUCAGUGUGAGGAGAUUUUUUGAUUGGUGGCGAGAGGUUGUGAUCCAGCCUGUUUUCUUUCCCCAUUCAGGUUGCAUAUAACCUGAGGUAAUUGUCGCGCUUUCCUGGUAGCUCAUGUUUCCGGGUGCCACUAGCUGCAAAUCCUAGUUCAGUCUUUGGCUCAUGGAUUUUCAUGAAGGGAAACAAAAGGCCUGGACUGACUUUGUAGGAUUCUUGGGAAUGCCACAAUGAUACUGCUUCUUUUCAGGGAGCAACAGGCCGCUCUUAAGUACUUUCUGUCCCUUCACAGCAUUGCUGUCUCUGUCAACCACAGCAGCAGCAAGGUGGCAGCAGGGAUAAUCUUUUAUUUAUAACAGCAGAUAGGGCUUCUUCAAACAAGCACAACAUACAACAAGUUUCUUGUAGAGGAAAUUCUGCAGUAAUACUGCUUUAUAAAUGGCACUGAUAUCCUUCAGCCAGAGGGAGCGAGCUGGGUCUAGCUCCACCCUUUGGGCCAAAGGAUCCUGCUCCUGAAAACAAAUAAAAAAAGCAAAAGAUUUACCCUCAAAAAAGGAGGGCAUUACAUCUACAGAGGUACUUAUAAGCACUGAAGGAUACAAGGUAACAUGUUUGAUAUGUCCUUUAUAUGAAAGGAUGUUUGUGGGAUGUUUGUAAAAAAACCAAAAAACAUGACUGCUAUCACUAUCCACACAGCUCCUGGCAGCCAUUUUAAAUAUAAUCAUAAUAAUAUGAGUUUGCAGGUGGCUUACAUAGCAUGGCUCUCUCUCUCCCCCCCUUUUAUUUCUCCCCACCCCCACCCCUGCUGAAAGGUCCAAAAGGUCGAAUGGAGCUGGUUCAUAUAAAAUGGUAAGGUCGGUAUACAAAUCGCUGCCAUAUUCCCACUUCCACUCAUGCAGUUCUCUGUUGGAGCACCAUUAAGGGAUGUUGUGCAGAAAGGGUGGAGAGCUCCCUGUGAGGAUUUUUAUCUCCAUGUGAGGUUCUGUUUGUGCUGUUGACAGACACCUGUGCCUAUACCAUUUCCUUGUUUCUAAGCUUUCCAAACAUUUGUUUUUGGAGGGGAGGAGGGCAACCAGGUUUUGAACUUUUCAGAUAGAGGGGUGUGGUUUUUUCCCAGGGGGGAGGCAAUGGUGAAAGAAAUAAUAAUGAAUUUCCCUGAUAAUCCCCAGCACUGAUAACUAGUACAAGGAGUGAGAGAUACAGACUCCUGCUGCACGCUGGCAAGGAAUGUCCAGCUCCAUCACACGAAAGGGUAUAUGGGUGGAAAAAGGUUAUAUUUGGGCAGGAACACCUCGAGUCAGGCAAGCUGAAAUUCCUCCCCUUUUACCAGUCCUUAGAAAUCUAAGUGGGGGGACGACUCACAGGAGUAAUAGAUUCAAAUGCUAUGGUUCAUGUUUACCAGCUUCGCAUGUCGUGAUACUGCUUUCAGGAGUCGCUGUUAUGUGACAUUUUUGCAGUGUGUGAAUAACUGAUUUAAUCAUUUUUCAAAUGUGAAUAUUUAGAUUCCAUCCAAUAAACCUGGAGAUUCAUUUUCACUCAAUUUAGACUACCCUCGUGACUCUGCCCAGGAACAAUCGGACCUUGUUCUGAUCUGUCGGUUAUGGCCACUCCAUAUUUAUUUGCUGUGUAGGUUUGUGAAAGGCAGGGGCAGAGUAGAGUGAAGCAGAAAGGAGAAACUCCGUAAAGAAAAGAAGGCAAAUUGCCAAGUGCACAGGUUCCUGUAUUCCCAUACUUAACCUCACAAACUGUCAUGGGUGCUGGUUGUAAGAAAUAAAAAUAUUUUAAAGGCAUUCCCUCUAUAGGUAGAAAAGGGAAGCAUGUGACAUCAAAAGGGAUGCAAGGCCUGGUUGUAAGAAUGAAAUAGUACCAUUUACACUAUCUUAGGGUUGCCAUAUUGCAGAAAGUAAAAUUCCUGACACCCGCAAAGUUGUUGAUAGCAAGUGCUUGGGAAAGUGGGGCUAAUAAUAAUAAUAAUAAUAAUAAUAAUAUUUUAUUUAUACCCCGCCCUCCCCAGCCAAGGCCGGGCUCAGAGCGGCUUACAAGCAAUAAUAAAAACAAGAUGAAUGAUUACAACUUAAAAACAAAAAUAAAAUACAACAUUAAAAUAAUGGAACAUUAAAAUAUUAAAAUGUAGCCACAUCGCAGGAGGAGAAGGAAAAGAAAAAAGAAAGAGAGGGAGGGAGGGAAUCAAAUUGGCUCCAAGCCAAAGGCCAGACGGAACAACUCUGUCUUACAGGCCCUGCGGAAAGAAAUCAGAUCCUGCAGGGCCCUGGUCUCAUGAGGCAGAGCGUUCCACCAGGCCGGAGGCAGAGUUGAAAAGACCCUGCCUCUGGUUGAAGCCAAUCUAACUUCCUUAGGGCCUGGGACCACUAGGGUAUUGUUAUUUAUGGACCUUGAGGCUCUCCGUGGGGCAUACCAGGAGAGGUGGUCCCGUAGGUACGAGGGUCCUAGGCCGUGAAGGGCUUUAAAGGUCAAAAGCAGCACCUUAAAUCUGACCCUGUACUCCACUAUUACAUAGUACAACUUGCAGGAAGUAAUAUCAAAAUUAAUGGGAAAGAAUAUAAAAAUCUAAAAAUCUAUUAAAUAAAAUUUCUCAUAAUACUGAAAGUAAAACUGGAGAAGAGAGAUUAAUGCCUCUUAUGCAUUAUCAAUUUGGCUAAUAAUUUAAUUUUUAUUUUAACAGGUAACUUCAUCUAGAAAAAUGAAACAUAAUCAGAGCUGCUGUCAGACACCUCCCAGUGUCACUGUUCGUAUAAAAUCAAGUGCAUCCAGAUCUUAUCAGCAAAAAAAAGCUCUUAGCCUUAAACGACCAAAAUUUAAAGAUAGCCAGGAGACCUAUGGGGAAAACAUUAAUAAUAAGAAGCCAAAGCGGCCAAAAGGUUCAUGUCUUGUAAUUCAGCGUCAGGAAAUGACAGCUUUCUUUAAGCUCUUUGGUAGGUUCCUUUAUAAAUCAUUUUGUAAAAUGCACCAAGUAUAUGUGUGUAGAACUUCACAUUCAAAAGCAGUUGUGUCCAGAAUGCCUUUAUGUGAGACAUUUUGUCAAGACUAACCUGAAAUUACCCUACAAGCUACAAGGCGUAUAUGGGAGCUUAAAACUGUAUCUUACUGAGCCAUACUCAAGACUGACUUCACUACAUCAUGGUGGUCAUCAUGAGAUACUGGCAUGCAUAAUGUACUAUAAACUAGACUAUUUGGGUAGUAUCCAGUGGUGAUUGCCUACAGAUGUCUUUGUAGAUGGAAGAAAAAGUCAGUGGAAUGAUGAGGAGACCAUUUUUGGCAUGCACUUGUACCCCUUGCAGAUUGACCCCCUUCUAAAUCUGCUCCAGAAGGUUGGGAAACCCUUCAGAGAACAUUUAGGGGGAGCCUAGGGCACAGCAGGGGAGGGUGCAGAAAAUCACCAUUAGAGAAUGGAGAGAGUGCUUCUAUUGAAUCUGUUAAUUUAAUAUGCCUCCAGAUGGGGUCUAAAUAUUGUAAUAACGCAAAUGAGUCAUUGGAUUUUUAAAAAAAACUUAUUGGAUUUUCCCCAGAAAGGUACGGUAAAUUUAGACUAAAGGUGUAGGACAGGGAAUAUGUGCUGACAUGUUGCUAUGAUGUAAAAAAUUUGCAUGCAUGAGGAGUACCCAUCACACAAUAAACUCCCAUCUGAAAGCAGCCUGGUGAGAAUAACCUCUGCACUCAAAUGUUCUGGCAAGUAAUUCUCUAGGUCAGUAGUGAGAAACAGUUCUGCUUCCAUUUGCUUGGAAGGGGAAGAGCAAAUUAUUUAAAUUUGUUAAAGGAUUGUCUUGAAUUAAUGCUUCUUGAGCUUUGCAUAUAAUUGUGUAUGUCACAGCUGGCUUAUUUUACAGAUGAUGACUUGAUUCAAGAUUUCUUGUGGAUGGAUUGUUGCUGUAAAAUUUCAGACAAGGUAAAACUGGGUGUUGUCUUGAAAGUCUGUGAAACUUUAAGGGUGAGGAAAUUGAGGAUUUUGUUUCAAUUACAGGCCAGCGCAUUUGGGGUUGUAUUCAGUCUUGCGCUCAGCAAAUCAUUCCCUCAGCAUAACUUCUUCCUGCACAAUGGAAUGACCUCCCUCUCUCCUCCCUUCACAUGCUAAUUUGCUCUGGGAGUUCCUCCAAUCCUCCAGAGCAGAUUUGCGGAUGGUGUAGGGCACAUGUGGAAGAGAAGGGGGAAAUCGUUGAAUACCACCCAUUGUGGCCCUCUGAACUGUACAUAUCUUGCAAAUGCAAAUAUAAGUCCCUGUUUUUCCAGUCUGUGGCAGCCAAAACUAGAAGCUCCGGGGGCUGGGUUCCAGUUCACAUAUAAUAUGCAGGCUGGCCUUUAAAACAUUUGUUUCAGAUUAAACUCAUGUUCCAUUUCUCUCAAUACCUAUGCUGUUGUUUUAAACAACAUUAUUCACUUAAAGCUUUUUUGAUUAAAUAAAAUUGUUUACUAGGAAGCUCCAAAUGAAUUCAGUGGGGCCAGCUUCCUAGAUGAGCAAGGAAUUUUUAAAAACUCUGCUUGCAAAAAUGUUUGAUCACACUUAAUCUGCUUAGACUGUGAGCUUCAUGAAUCUCUGCUGUUUUUCUGGUCAGAUGUAUGGAAUACAAGGUGUACUAGAAAAUGUUUUUGGAGGAAUGACCUAUUUCCCCUUGUUAAGAAGCCAUGGGCUCCCCAUUCUGCCUCUUUGGCAGAGGAUACAACUAUAUAUUUUCUACUAGUUGUUAUGCUCACAAUCCCGCUUUCACUGCACAUUAAUAUAUUGCAGCUAAAAUAUGAGGACUGUACUGUUAAUGCCAGAUUCAAUUACAGUGGUACCUCAGGUUACUUACGCUUCAGGUUACAUACGCUUCAGGUUACAGACUCCACUAACCCAGAAAUAGUGCUUCAAGUUAAGAACUUUGCUUCAGGAUGAGAACAGAAAUCGUGCUCCGGCGGUGCGGCGGCAGCAGGAAGCCCCAUUAGCUAAAGUGGUACUUCAGGUUAAGAACAGUUUCAGGUUAAGUACGGACCUCUGGAACGAAUUAGGUACCACUGUAAUGAAAAUGAAGUAUAUGCUUUUCCCUACCGGUGAAAAUAUUUUUUAGGGAAAUGUUAAGUCAUUUUAAGAAAAAAUAAUAGCCAGAAAUUGAUAUUUUACCUUUUCCAACAGUACCUUUUGGCAAUGACUUUUGUUUAUUUCAAGCGAGCUGGCUACAGUAUAAACGAACACACCAGGCUUAAUUUCUUUGUAGCUCUGUAAGUAUUUUCCAAAUAUUAUGAUUACAAUUAAAAUGUGUCAGAGGCUUCUUAAGAGUUUAUUAUUUGAGAUAACAGUGAAGUUAGAAAUAAACCUUACUGCACCAUCAAUUACUUAUUUAGAAUGGGGUCUUGACUCUUGAAGGCUUAUAGCAUGUUGGAAAUUAAUACGUGGGUGCCAAGACUAUGGUGUUAAAUUACCCGUUGAACCUAGUUUAUUAGUUGUUAAACUGUCAUUGAUUUCUGCAAAUAAAGACUUUUGUCUCCCAAAGCAUCCUCCUUAUUUGAAAAGCUCCCUCCCCUCCGCCCAAUAAAGGCUGCUGAGGGAGAAAAGCCCACCACAGCACAAAGCCUUCAUAAGAAUCAACUGGGCUUUUAUUUCCCAGGUGCCACCUUUGAAUGUAUCCCCUAUGCUUCUAUUUUGGUGAUCACUCGUAGCCGAGUAAGAUUGUCUUUCAUAAACACGGUUUUAACAAUGAGUCCGUAAGUGAUUGUAGAGGCCAAUUCUGGAUCCACAUGUCCUUCCACAGUGGGGACAUCGGCUACCGGGUGGGAGCUAAUCACGGUGUGGAUUUGCCAAGUGUGCCUUCCUCUUAGCAAGUUUCUCCCUUGUGUCCUGAGUUCGAGUGAUGCAGAUAGAUUUCAAAAGGUUCAUUCUGGGCAGUUUAACAAUGAAACUGCAUUUACCUGUACUUCCUACUGAAAUUAAUGAGAAUACUAUGAACGUAAGUUAAUGUAAGACUAGACUCUUCAGCUGGGGUGUUGUUUGGAGAGUUUGGUUGCCAUGGAUUGUUGCUGUUGGGUUUUUUAAAUCUUUAUUUUAGAUAUUGUUGUGAUUUACAUAUGUGGAAAUUUACAUAUGUGGAAAUAGUUUGCUUUGGUUGGGAAUUUUUUAAAUUAUUUAUUGUUUAUGACUACUUUUGUUAUGUUGUAGUUAUGUAUUUUUUCAUAUAGUAAGCCUCUUUGAGCAUGGUUUGAACUGUGGAAAUGUGGCAUGCACAUAAAAGUAUGUAUUUAAUAUUAUUUAAUACUUGAACAUUUUUGAAUCAAUAAAACUGAAAUUCUCUACCAUGGUAAUUUGAAAUUCUAUGCUGAGAGAGGUUGACCUGUAUAAAUUAUGCAAAAUGGGCGAUUUUCUUGUAUUCUUUUGAUUUGCCUCAUUCACUCUGUUUCUGUUAUCCAUGAGGGACAAGAAUCCCGCCCAUUGCAUAACAGAAAAAAUGAUAUUCAGCAUACACUCUGGCUUAUGAUACUUCAUUAAGCACUGCCCACACACUUUCAAACCUUUUAAGAAGUAGAAACAUGCUUUCUAUAUGUUAAACUUGAGAUUUUCAGCAUUCUUAAUUGUGUGCCCAUCUUUUCAUCUGGUGAAAAAUCAUUUGGUAACAUUUGUCCAAACUAAAUUUCCAGCACUUUGGAAUGUAUAUAAAUACCAAAGAAAAGGAGGAGGGAGAAGACUUAGCAGUAUACAAAUGAGAUCAAAACCAUAUUUAAGUGAGUCAUAGUCCUCAUCAUUGUAGGUACCUGGCAAAUACAGUUGAAGAAGAUGAUGAAGAGUCAAAAUAUGAGAUUUUCCCAUGGGCUUUAGGAAAAUCCUGGAGAAAGCUUUUCCCUGAUUUCUUAAUUCGAAGGGAUGAACUCUGGAGCAAGAUGGAUUAUAGGGCUAUUGUAAGCAGACGCUGCUGUGAGGAGGUAAGGCGGGUAUAUUUUAUAUGCACCAAGAAAGAGCAAAUGAAUUUUAAUAGGCAGAUUCUGUUUUGUAACAAGCCUCUUUCUGUUUUUUCACCAAGCUAUAUAAAGGAACUGUUUGUAAACAUUACCCACCCAGUUAUAAUGAGUGGCUCAAUUUAACUGCCGAUUGAUACUUUGCUUUCAAAACAUUCCAACAAAUUAUUUACCUUCAAACAAAGGGGAUUCCCUUAUCAGAAAUAAUGACAUUAGCAUUUAUUGGAAAAUAUGAAACCAUUCAUAGAGAAUGUUUACACUGGUAAAUUAAACAGAAAAAAAUACAUUAAAAUUGACCAAGUCUGCAGUUGUAUUCACACUUAUUUGGGAGUAAGCGCCUUUAGAAUCAGUGAACUUACUUUUGGCUAACUAUGCAAAGUGCAAGAAAGCAGUUAUCAAACAGCAUACUUUGCUUUUAUUACUAACAUGAAUUAAGGAUAUAGUCAGACCAUUGGUAAGGAAAUGCUAAUGCUGUUUUUCUUCCCGAAAAAGACCUUUAUGGUACCAUACAGUCAGCUUUCCCAUUAAUGGAUUACCAUCGAACUCAGGUGAAAAGGGUUGCUACUUAGUAGAAUAAUCAGGAUUGUGAAUAAAAACAUUAGUUUGGGGCAGGGCAAUGGUAAACACAUUUACAAAAAAAAUCUUCCUGAUUUUUACUCAGGAUAAUGAGAGGAAAUUAAAAUAAAACCAUAGAAUGGAGACUUUCAUAGUACCAGUGGAGGUAAUUGCAAUGCAUCAGAUCCCCUACAAAGGAAAGUUACAGUAUUUUGGGUUCUCUGUGAGUUUCCCAGAGAUACCUGGCUGGCCAGUGUGGGAAACAGGAUGCUAGACCAAAUAGGCCUUUGAUCAGCACGCCUGUUCUUUUGCCUGUCUGCUUUACCCAUCAUAAAACUAAUUUCACCACUAAGAAAUUGGCCUAGUACAGAUGCAAUGACAAACCGUAGUUUAUUCUUAAAACCAUGGGCCUUGAGUUCACAUGCUCCCCCCAUCCUCUUUAUAUGUGAAGAGAGAUUCAAAUUUACUGGUUUUAAACCCAUGUUUCCCAAGUUUGGACAAAACAAUAAAAGAAGUUUAAAUGAACAGAGGAUAGAAGCUUUCAAUCUUCUUCCUUCAUGCAUAAACCCGAAGCCAUAGACUUAGAAGCUUUACUAUCUCAAGAGAUUUUCUGUUACAGAAUAGUUCAUGGGUUUUUUGCAUGUAAAGUAGUACAGUAGUCUGCUUUCCCCACAGUUCAAGACAGGAAACCACCAAAGAGGAAUUCAAACAAAUAGCCGGCACGUGUAGACACAAAGUCAAAAAAGCUAAAGCACAGAAUGAACUCAGGCUUGCUAGAGAGGUUAAAAGCAACAAAAAAGCUUUUUUUGUUUUUAUGGGUAUGUUCGUAGCAAAAGGAAGAACAAAGAAACAGUGGGGUCACUCAGAGGAGAAGAUGGUGAAAUGCAAACAGGGGACACAGAAAGGGCUGAACUCAAUGCCUUCUUUGCCUCAGUCUUCUCCGAUAAAGAAAACAAUGCCCGACCUGAAGAAUUUGGAGCAAAUGAUUCAGCAGAGGAAACACAGCCCAGAAUAACUAAGGAGAUAGUACAAGAAUACUUGGCUAGUUUAGAUGUAUUCAAGUCUCCAGGGCCAGAUGAACUGCAUCCAAGAGUAUUAAAAGAACUGGCAGAUGUGAUCUCAGAACCACUGGCAGUCAUCUUUGAGAAUUCCUGGAGAACAGGCGAAGUCCCGGCAGACUGGAGGAGGGCAAAUGUUGUCCCUAUUAUCAAAAAGGGGAAAAGAGAGGACCCAAAUAAUUACCGCCCAGUCAGUCUGACAUCAAUACCAGGGAAGAUUCUGGAGCAGAUCAUUAAGCAAACAGUCUGUGAGCACCUAGAAAGGAAUGCUGUGAUCACCAAUAGUCAGCAUGGAUUUCUGAAAAAUAAGUCAUGUCAGACUAACCUGAUCUCGUUUUUUGACAGAAUUACAAGCCUGGUAGAUGAAGGGAACGCAGUGGAUGUAGCCUACCUUGAUUUCAGCAAGGCAUUUGACAAGGUGCCCCAUGAUAUUCUUGUAAAGAAGCUGGUAAAAUGCGGUCUUGACUAUGCUACCACUCAGUGGAUUUGUAACUGGCUGACUGACCGAACCCAAAGGGUGCUCAUCAAUGGUUCCUCUUCAUCCUGGAGAAGAGUGACUAGUGGGGUGCCACAGGGUUCUGUCUUGGGCCCGGUCUUAUUCAACAUCUUUAUCAACGACUUGGAUGAUGGACUCAAGGGCAUCCUGAUCAAAUUUGCAGAUGACACCAAACUGGGAGGGGUGGCUAACACCCCAGAGGACAGGAUCACACUUCAAAACAACCUUGACAGAUUAGAGAACUGGGCCAAAACAAACAAGAUGAAUUUUAACAGGGAGAAAUGUAAAGUAUUGCACUUGGGCAAAAAAAUGAGAGGCACAAAUACAAGAUGGGUGACGCCUGGCUUGAGAGCAGUACAUGUGAAAAGGAUCUAGGAGUCUUGGUUGACCACAAACUUGACAUGAGCCAACAGUGUGACGCAGCAGCUAAAAAAGCCAAUGCAAUUCUGGGCUGCAUCAAUAGGAGUAUAGCAUCUAGAUCAAGGGAAGUAAUAGUGCCACUGUAUUCUGCUCUGGUCAGACCUCACCUGGAGUACUGUGUCCAGUUCUGGGCACCACAGUUCAAGAAGGACACUGACAAACUGGAACGUGUCCAGAGGAGGGCAACCAAAAUGGUCAAAGGCCUGGAAACGAUGCCUUAUGAGGAACGGCUAAGGGAGCUGGGCAUGUUUAGCCUGGAGAAGAGGAGGUUAAGGGGUGAUAUGAUAGCCAUGUUCAAAUAUAUAAAAGGAUGUCACAUAGAGGAGGGAGAAAGGUUGUUUUCUGCUGCUCCAGAGAAGCGGACAUGGAGCAAUGGAUCCAAACUACAAGAAAGAAGAUUCCACCUAAACAUUAGGAGGAACUUCCUGACAGUAAGAGCUGUUCGACAGUGGAAUUUGCUGCCAAGGAGUGUGGUGGAGUCUCCUUUGGAGGUCUUUAAGCAGAGGCUUGACAACCAUAUGUCAAGAGUGCUCUGAUGGUGUUUCCUGCUUGGCAGGGGGUUGGACUCGAUGGCCCUUGUGGUCUCUUCCAACUCUAUGAUUCUAUGAUUCUAGGAGCUGUGUUUCAUUUUCAUGGAAGUUAAAUGAUGAACCAAAUGUGUAUGUAAAAAUGCUAAAAUACUAAUGUAUUAGUAUUAUCUAUCAAAUGUUACAUUAUUUAUCAAGUCACAUAUUGUUUAGAGAUGUAUUAAAAUAGAUAAUCAAAAUUUGAAAAAAGAAACAAAUUUAAUUAUGUGUAAUUUAUUAGUCUUUUAUGUAUCUGAAUAGCUGUUAGUAACUGAAAAAAUGUGUUUUUGUUCUAAGUUAGGCCUAAUUAACAUUCCGAGGAGUGGAAAAGUGGUUUCUUCAGGAUCUUAAAAAGUAGUCCAAUAAAAUAGCAGCUCAUUCCUGUUCCCUGCUCUGUAACUGUUUUACUAGCAAUUAAGAAAGCUAACAAUACCAACUAACGAUCCUUUGUGAUUUUUAUGCAUUAUUUGCUUGUUUGUUCUGAUAACAGCUCCAUUUCAGUUUUUUGGUUUUUUUAAACACAGGUAAUGGCUAUAGCUUCAACACAUUAUAUAUGGCAGCGGGAGCGUUCUAUUCAUCAUAGUGGAGCUACAAGAAACAAUAGCAGAGAUGGAGUACAGUUUCCUCGAGGACCUAAUGCCACACCUACAGACUGUUUGCUUUGUGGGAAAAAGACAAGAUAUAUACGGCUGGGAUUAUCCUCCUCUUCCUCCAAUGGCACACUGGAAAUGAUGGAACAACAUAUACCUCAGGGAUUGCAUGACUGUCUUCCAGCUGGUAAAAUACCUGAGCCAUCUCUGCACUGUUAUUCACAAGGUAUGGUAUGGUAAAUGCUGAAGUAAUUUUAUUUAUGCUACCUUCACAGCCCAACUCUAGCUGUGUCACUCAGAAGUCAGUACCCUUGAUUUAAUGAAACUUGCUUAGGUAUACUCAAUAUUCUCAGCAAUGUUAUUGCUAUUGGUGUAUAGGUUGAAUCUACAUCCUUUAAGCCUCGUAGGUGGGUCAUAGUUACUUACAGCCUCCUUGACGGAGAAAAGCCAUUGUCAUAUGUGCAACAUGUGCAUAAAUCACAGUUCUGGGCAUAAUGUUUUGAUCACACCCGCAUCCUUUGGUGGUGGUGUUCGCAUUCCAGCUUUUUCCUGGAUGGAAGCUUCUCUCUGUCCCUGGUCCUUAUGAUUGUUUUAUCUCUCCUUCUCAGUCAUUUAUAGAAUGCUUCCCUUCCCUUCUAAAUUGUGAAUUUGGUUAAUGAUAGAUUUUGUAAAAUGAACUACAAGAAAAAUCUAAGCCUAGCUACUUUAUAGGCCCUUCUCAAAGCCACUCAACUCAGUUUUCCAGCAAAUUACAUCAAAUAUGAGCUGAGUUUUGUAAGUUCAAUUAAAAGCGAAACUGACUCUCCUACAAACAGUAGUGCUGGGAAAGUGAAAAGAAAUGUUAAAAGCAUGUGGGUUUUUUCUGGAUAUACUUUUUUAAAAUAAAAAAAUGAUGAACACUGUCCCUGGAACCUAACUGCAUGGUAAGAUAUGUAGUAUUACAUGGAGUAAUCAAGCAGUGUCUAUCAAAAGUGAUCAACUUUUUGCUUUAAAGCGAUCCCCUCUAGUUCUAAGAGAGCAAUUCUACACUUCUCCUCGUUGACUUCUUGGUGACUCCUUCAAUUCAGAUUUAUGUUUAUAGUGCUAAACAAAUGUAGGAUGACACCUUCUGUUGUUAGUAUAAAAGCACUGCUGUAAGAGGAUCCUGAUUUGUCAGUUCUUUAUGUACAAAUGAUGGGAUGAACUCAGCAGUUGGCAAUGAAGUAGCAUCUGUCACUCACAGUGAGUUUGUGGGGCAAUACAGCAGUUACUAAGUAAGGAUUCAACUACCCAGCUGUAGGGAAGAACAACAGAUGGCUCCCGAACAAGCAUAGCAUUUCAAUGGCAAGCCACUUUACAACCUUUUCUUUGUUUAUAGAUGGAGAACAGAUAUUUUUCAUCCAACAUUAAUUAUCCACUGCUCCUAUAAGUGUAACCCAUCCUAUAGAACACAAUAAGCACUUCACGUUACCUGGGACAAACUACACUGUAAUCCCAUAUGCAUUCAAUGUGAAUUUCUUCCCUAAUUUUUCAUAGAUUGCAAACAUCUGCCCAACAAAGCAAGAAAAAGUAGCUGCACAUGUCAAGAUAAAGCCAUGGACUGGUUUACUGGAAAUGAAGAAUAAAAAAACCAUACUUCAGCC